AUCAAAUGGGAUCUCUACUGCAAUCGGCGUGACGUCUUUGGCCGCCGUUCACUCCUCGAUGACACCCCUUGGCCUCAUAUAUGAACCCCAGAGCAUGGCACCGCCCUUUUUUCCCUUUUCAUGCAUGCCCAACUCGGACCCUGCGAUAUCGACUGAGAGCCAAGCAUCAUCAGGACGAACGAUGCCCACCUUUCUGCCUUCCAACAAGCAUGACCUGCACCACCUCAGAGCGCCUGUCCCGAAGAAUGCUUCACCCAGAGUAUUAGAAGCCAAGAACCAUGUGGUGGCCAUGAUGGGAGAGUUUGUGGGGACGACAUUGUUCAUUUUGUUCUGCCUAGGCGGUACUCAUGUAGCGCAAUUGCCGGCAUUGUCUAUCACCUCAACCAGCGAGGGUACUAUCAACACCUCCAGCUUGUUCUACAUUUCGCUGUCUUUCGGUCUUUCACUCGCGGUCAAUGUGUGGAUAUUCUUUAGAGUAUCGGGAGGUCUCUUCAACCCCGCUGUAUCUCUAGGUAUGGUGCUAGGCGGAGCAUUACCGCCCCUCAGAGGCCUGCUCUUGACCGUUUCACAGGUUCUGGGAGGACUGGCAGGCUCAGCCAUUGCGGAUGCGCUGGUGCCCGGAAAGCUCAAUGCUGGAUGUGCGCUGGGAGGAGGAACGUCUAUCGUUCAGGGGCUUUUCAUUGAGGUGUUUAUGACUGCACUCUUGAUGCUCACAAUCUUCUUCCUUGCGGCAGAGAAGAAUAAAGCCACUCCUAUGGCGCCCCUCGGUAUCGGAAUGGCUCUAUUCAUUGCCGAGAUAUUCAGUGUCUACUAUACUGGAGGAGCUUUGAACCCCGCACGUGCUUUCGGACCAGCCGUCGUAACCCAUACAUUCCCUGUAUAUCACUGGAUAUACUGGGUUGGUCCAGGUCUUGGAGCUUUGAUGGCUACGGGCUUCUACAAGCUCUUGAAGUGGCUCGAGUAUGAGACGGUUCAACAGGCAGACGAUGGUCAGUCUUAUGAGGAUGGAGAGAGACCGGAUCCGGAAACCAGGGAUGGAGAAGCAGCAAGAGUCGAAUCCACCGAUAAACCACGGGCCCAACAACCCUCAGAGGCAGUGUAUGAUCUUCAGAGCGCUGCUAGGAUCAACACCCGACUGGAAAGGAUAGAAGUGCUCCUGAGCCAAGUGCUAGAAGCUCAGGCAGCACAGGCAGCACAGGCGGCGAGGGCCAUGUGAGAAGGGCCACCUUCAGUAGUUAGUAGUCAUGGUCAUGGUGACCACCCGUCAAGACACUCCGGCAUAUAGUAUACGAGUACUUGUACAAUAUACCAGCUUUGCAUCAGCCUUAUGCAUAAAACACAAUAUGUAUUUCUC